AUGACGACCCACAUGCCGUUAAUCUACUCAUUCCCCCUCUUUGAGGGGGUGGCCGAGGCCGUGGCUGACCACGUCAUCCUGGCCCAGAACUUCACCCUUUACAACACCACCGACAGCCGCCAGAUCGCGUUUAUCAAGGAAAACCUGGCCGCGAUGCACCUGGCGCUGAGUCUGGUGCUGAUGGUGCCGCUGGCGCUGGAGGCCAGUACCAACGGCGGCAGCCGCCGCAAGGAAAAGAAGAAGAAGGCCGAGGUUCGCUUCAAAAUCGCCAUUCUGGGCGGGUCCCUCAUCAAAAUCUUGAAAGAAGGUUUGAUGCACCGACAAGAGUACAUCGAGUGGGACAAGUGGGACAUCUACUUUGCCGACGAACGGUUAGUCCCCUUUGACCUGCCCGACUCCAACUAUGGCCAAGCCAAACGCGAGAUUUUCGAUAAGAUCGAAGGCCCCAAGCCCAAUGUAUACCACAUCGACGAGCUGUUGAUUAAUGAUCCCCAGGAAUGCGCUGACGCUUACGAGAAGACCUUGAUCAACAAUUUUGCUCGCAAAGAUUCGGUAAAGUUGCCCUGUUUUGAUUGCAUUUUACUUGGGUGUGCCCCAGAUGGCCACGUUGCCAGUUUGUUCCCCAACCACAACGAGCAGUUGCGCGAGAAGUUGGCGUGGGUGAUCCCGGUGGAAGAUGCCCCCGUGGGUCCCGCCAACCGGAUAACAUUGACCAUCCCCGUUAUUUGCCACGCCAACCGUGUCACUUUUGUGGUUGAAGGUUUGACUAAAGCCCCCAUUAUCCGCACCAUUAUGGAAAGACCGGAAAAGGGAUUGCCGCUGCUGAUUGUCAAUGAGUCUGCUGCCGGGAAAGUGGUCUGGUUUGUUGAUGAGGAUGCGUUGAAAGAAUGCUACGACGUGUCGAAGAAAAAGUACAAGUGGUUGACCCUUGAAGAGGAGUCGGCCUAA